AUGAUUUUGGCCAACAAAGCAGAUCUUUGUGAACUACCGGAAACGGCUUACUUGGUCGCUUCAAAUCAGGAACCAAUCUCACCCGGACUGGAUCAAUGGCAGAAAUAUCCCGUCUUUAAACAGGGCCUCCAAUUAGCAAAGGUACAUCCGCUGUUCCAUAUGCCUCAGUCCCCAAUCUCGAUAGAGAUAAAGGCAAUUGCUAGGUGGCUGUUUGUUCGGGAUGUCUGCCGCCAUUUGGACGUUUGUCUACUUCGGAAAUCCAGUCACUCGUUUUGCGUGCCUCUUCCUGUAUGAAUAAGUGUGACUGUUUGCGGCUCACUUACCAAUUUUGGUGCUAGAAGUUUAAACACCCAUCCUUAUGCAUAAGAACGCACCAAGUGACCUUUGUCCAUCUCUGCUCUCUGUAACACGUGAUUUCUACAAACCGACCACUUUGCUACAGGCUACAGACCCUCGGUUGUUUGAAAUGAUCACCUCCUGAACUAACAACUUUAGCGUAAACUGUGCGCGAGACUCGAGGUUGUGCGGAUGAAUUCAGUAAACCCCAUUCGAUUUGCUGACCUUUUGACAGCUGACCCGAUUUCACACCACACGACUUCUGUGUGCGCUGGCAACCAAAUCAGAAAGCUGGCAGAUGCAAUUUCGAUCGAUAACGGGCUGAUCAGCUGUUGCUGCUAUCAGAUUGACCUUUGCAGUGCUAGCGCUGAUGCGACAGGCGGAAGUGACUACUGAUCACAUCAAUGGUGCAUGCUGUCGCGCAGUCAGUAUCGAUUGCCUGAUUCCAUCAAGACUGAACCGAUCUCAUGCAGGCCAAAUAUUCGAUAAUCCGGAAUGGGAACAUCUAAGAUGAGUUGUACUCGCAGUCAACAGCGUGUGAAGUGAGCGAUGUUUGCCUGUCGGGAUGAAACAGAUUAGGCAUCCGAGAUGGCAGAAAACUACUUGUAUUCAGUGGCAAAUGACAAAAAACAAACAAAUUUGUCAUAGUAACUUCUACCUUCAUUCGAAAGAAACCGUGGCAAGCUUGGUCCAUUGGGCAUUUAACAUUAAAAAUGGCUGGACAUUUAAAUUGUUCCUGUUUUUGUUGGACAUUGGCUGUUGUCAGUGACCUCAAAUGUCCAAAAUUCCGGAUGAUAACAGCAUUUUGAUGUCCCAGAAGUUCCUCCUGACCGAUAUCACGGUGGUUAUGAGAAGUGGGCAAAAUUGCACUCUAGGUUCAAAAAUCAAAACUGAAAACGCGGCAGCAUUUAAUGACGCCUUCAUUUUUCUUAACAAGCAUUAUGAAAACAUCCUACCACAGUUCAGAUGUGAUAAGUGAUAAAAAGGCACGAGUGUUCAUAGACCGCUAAUAGUUGAAAAGGGUGUCAUUAAAAUUUACAGCUUUGUUUCCGAUGACGGGUUCCAGCAGGAAUCCGAAACAUCAAGCGAAUAAAACUCUUGUUCCAGCGAUCGUGUUUCCUUUUUCACGAGUGCUUCAUAGGACUCGCCUCUUCGGUCAGAUGUGGUUAUGCAACCCCACGUAAAGUAAGCAAACCCCAGUCACCUCUAAUACGGGACCGGCGAUAAUAGGGGUUUUUACAGAUUGGGCCAGGGAACGCAAGGCGACGAGGUCAAGUAGUUGUAUGCAAAAGAAAAGUCAUUGGGAAUGCGCGAUUGUAAUUUGAGUGGUUGAGAAAUAGUUGUUCUAAUCCCUAACCCUAACCCUAACCCAAACCUCUAACCUUAACCUCUAACUCUAACCCAUAACCCUAACCCCCAGCCCCAAACCCUAACAGUAACCUCUAACCCUGAUUCCCAACUCUAACCCCAACACCAACAGUAUUGUGUCCAUCAGGUGAGGCUACAUAACCACAUCUUACCGCCUCUUCGCUUCUUUUGACAGUUAAAUACCGUUUCCUUCGUAAGUUUGGUUUUGUUGAGAUGUCGUCCAUUAGAAUGAUGCUCCAACCCCGAGGAUUAUUUGAAUCCGUCCGAUAAUUCUGCCUUCAAGACGACGAAAGCUUCUGACAAGCAGUCCGUAGCUCAAGUGACCAAAGCUGUUCCUAUACUCAAACUUUGUCCUUGCCGACAUGGGUUACGAUCCGGUCGUAGCCGCAGUGUUUUUCAGAAUUUGGUCAGUGAAGUUAAAAGAAGCAUACGACUGGGCUGAAGCAAGUCGAGUAACGGGGUGUGCACGACCAUUGCCUUUUCAAUUGCGGACGUCCAUGACUUAUUCCCAAUAGAAUGAGAUUUAGGUGGUGCAAAUAACGUAUUUUAUCACAUCGUAUGCACGGCCUCUAUUUCGUUGGGGCCUUUUGUGCAAAAAGCUAGGUAAGGUUAUUGUUGACUUGUUCGUUUUUUAGGAAAGCAUUAAGAAUACAGGUUUGAAAAAAUAAACUUCGGAUGGCUUACUUGCAUAUUCUCUGGCCAAAAAAGACAGUUUUGUACACCUGACGUCCUAUUUAAGUAAUUCAUUUUUGCAUUUCAGGAAUUUUGUCGUCCUUUAAAUUGCGGCUUAGAUGCUGCACGUUCACCCCUGUAUGCUUGAGAGAUUACAUGUAAUAUUCUAGUUAGACCGGAGUUCAAUCGUAUGAUCUCCAACAGACUAGGUGGUAGGUCUAGCUAAACUGCCCACUUUAAAUACCCCUAACUUUUCAUUCGUAGAGGCAGAAUGCACUGUUCUAUCCGGUCAGUGCGAAGAUGGGCCUUAAUCUACCACAUGCUUUCAAACGAUUCGCACGGUAAGUUGAGCCUAAGUCUACCGUAUUUGACAAAAGUAUGCUCAACGAAAUGCAUAUGUGUGUGAGCUUGGUUCUUAAUUGAGGUUACACUCUACCGUCCCAACUAGAAAGACGUGUACGUAUUUUGUGUUGGAAAUAAUGUUCGGAUGCAUGGCAGUGACUUGCCCUAGAGCUCUGGCCUGAAGGAUCGGGAGCGAAGACAUAGUGAGUAGCGAUCAGCAUUCGGUAAAUAUCACGGACAGAGGCGAGGGAGACUGGAAUGGGAUUGUACCAUGAAUAGCUGAGGAAGGAAGGUAAGUUAUUUUGACCCAACUUCGAAAAGCUCGGCAAACGCGGUGGUAUUCGAUCACACGACAGCAUGGGAAAGGCCCGACUAUACCCGGCGCUCUAGCUCCCUGUGCAACGAGGCCCCACCAGGAUCCGUGGGUUUGAUCCCAGUUGUGUCAAGUUGCCCGCCCUUAUGAAACCAAUCCUGACGUAGUAAGCUGGUUGUUCAAGCAGGAUUUCCUACGUAAUCAAUCCAGUAAUCACCGGAUGACUACCAUGCUCAGGUAAUUAAUAGGCGUUUUGAAAGAUGACCUGGUUAGCCAGUACAACGAACCUUAGUUGUAGUCGGUCUGACUCAAUAAAGAUGAGAGGGAGCGAGAGGGGGAGAGUUAGGCGUGUCUUUCUCUAUAUCACAGAACGCGUAGGUCGUCUCAACGUUUAACGCGGUAAUGCUAUUCCUUGAGAACGGUCGGCGAGUUGAUGUAUAUUGACCAGGCAGUGCGGGUGAUGCUUCGGCACCGAUGCUAAAACUUAGCCUGUUCACUAUCGCAUCAACAAGGGAAAUCGACUCAGUCGUCUGUCAAUAAUGUGUGUUGAUCAGCAGACCCACCUGAACACCAAACAGAAGGGAAAGGCAAAAAUGAGUCAGCAGUGCACGACUGCAAGUUAUUCGUCAUCUAGAGCAAACUAUGUCCUUCCUGACUGCAGGUCAUUUUAGUAGGUGGCAGAGCGUCAGGGGGCUAACGGUCGAGACAGGAGCUAGCACCUACUCAUUGCAACUGUAAUUCAUCUAGAGUGCUUUGGAGUCAUAGGGCCGUACUUCAAGCCCUGCGAUCACAGAUUGUCAGCUGCUGCCUGAGACAAGGAAAUAAGGUACAAUCAGUACUUCCUGCUAGGGUUUUUGUAGUUCGAAAUACGGUGUGAGUAUGCGGGAUCUGGCUCAGUUUAGCGCGCAAGUUUGAGCCAAAUCGUCUCAUGCGUUCAGGCUCAUUCUUAGUCGGUUUGGAGUCAUUUUCUCACGAUGGGAACUCUGAAACAAGUGUACACCCCUAUGAUGACAUUCCGACUACUGUAAGCAACGGCUUUCACCGCAUGCCCCAGGGCAUAUUAGGCACAGCACCGAUGACCAGCACGUGAAUUGGUGUACAGUGAGGACAACUUGCGCAGCAUCCACUCCCCAUUUUGUUUCGGCGGCAAGGUAAUAUUAGGAGGCCUCAGGCGCAGUAGCUGACCAUGCCAAACAACCCGUCUACGCGUGCCACACACGACUCCGCUCCCGAUCUGUCGGGCUCCCUGUAGGGGUAACUCAGAUCAUACCUCAGUGAGGGUACCAAAAGGGCCAAAGUGAGUGGAGGGGUCACGUCAACGCGAUCGUUAUGGGGGAUGCGCUGAUUUGUCCUGAGGAAGGGCCUCCUAAUGUCGGCCCCACUUCCUAUACUGAGCAGCAUGCCUACUCAGACAGGGGAUGGUUUGGGUCUGGCACUGUGGACAGACUAUGGUGAAGUGCCAUUCAUCUAUCCAUUUACAGGUAGGGACAGGUUGGCCCUGCUUUACCUUGGGGUUUUUGCGUUCGACUUUGAAAUCCCUAGUCGUUCGGGCCUUGAGGUUUGCUCAGGGCUGACGGAUGGUGGGACGUAAGCAGUGCUGAUGUCAAUCUCCGCCUGGGCUUUUUUGGCGGUUAUUUUACGGAAGGUUCGCGAGCACGCUCAGGGAAGUCGAACGCAUGUUGUUAACAAUAUUGGCUUACGUCCCUUUUUAGACGCCUGAAGCAACUGGAAGAUGAAGAAAUGAAGCACCACUUGCAAGAGAGAACGCCGAUGGAAAUCAAAGCUAGACCUGUUUGCUGCUCCUGCUGUCCCUGCUAUCUUUUAUGA